AUGAGGACGGCAGAAGAUUCCUCCGGGACGGUCCUGCACCGGCUCAUCCAGGAGCAGCUGAGAUACGGGAACCUCACCGAGAACCGCACGCUGCUGGCUAUUCAGCAGCAGGCGCUGCGUGGAGGUGGGAGCAUGGGCAGCCCUCGCUCCUCACUGGAGAGUCUUACCCAAGAAGAGAGCCAGAUGGUCCAGCAGUCCACACGGCAGGAGCCCCAGGGCCAGGAGCAUCACUGUGACCAUGUUUACCUGGAGAAUAACGUGUAUCGGCUCUACCAGCCUCAGCACAAGGGCGAGGAGCUCCCCACCUAUGAGGAGGCCAAAGCGCAUUCCCAGUACUAUGCCUCACAGCGAGGACAGCAGGCUGGGGUGCCCUGUCCAGGCACCCCUGCUGAGCCUGGCCAACAAAGGGCCUAUGCCCCUGACAGCAGCAGCAAGCGCCAGGACGAGUCACUAAAGGAGCUGAAGCAUGGGCAUGUGAGGUCACUGAGUGAACGCCUCAUGCAAAUGUCGCUGGAGAGGAAUGGAGCCAAGGCCCAGAACCACAUGAGCUCCUCCCACAGUUAUCCCCAGCUAUCGAGGCACUUCCAGCUGUCAGCCCCAAGAGGGCAGCAUGCUGAGGGGAUGGAGCCACGGGGCCCCCCUCCAGAGUACCCCUACAUCAUCCCCCCUCAGGAGCCUGCAGUUGGUUACCUGGCAGAUCCCCGGCACUGCUCCAGGGAAGGACCAGGAUUUCAGCACCCUGAAGUCAGGGUGAUGCAGGCCCAUAUGCCCCAGGCUUUCCUGCCCCAGCAGGCUGCCCUGUGCCACGGCCCGCUGGGCUCCCUUACUCCAGCUGGGAUGGAGGUUCUGAUGACAGCCCAGGCCGCAUCGGCCAGCAGUCACUUGGCCCAGAUGGAGACGGUGCUGAGGGAGAAUGAAAAGCUGCUGAGGGAGAGUGAGAAGCUCCAGAGGGAAAACGAAAAGCUGCGGCGGGAGCUUGAGAGCUGCAGUGAAAAAGCAAGCCGGAUUCAGAAGCUGGAAACAGAGAUUCAGCGAAUCUCCGAGGACUACGAAAACCUGAUGAAGGCAUCUUCCAAGCGAGAGGCAUUGGAGAAAACCAUGAGGAACAAGAAGGAUGGGGAGAUGCGGCGGCUUCAGGAUUUCAACUGGGAUCUGAAAGAACGGUUGGAAUCUGCAAACAAACAGCUGGCCAGCAAGCAGCAGGAGAACCCAGAAGGCAGCCAGGGCACCGUGGCGAAACUGCUUGCACAAAGCUACGAGCACCAGCAGGAGAAAGAGAAGCUGGAACGAGAGAUUUCACGGCUGCGCAGCGCCAAUGAGGACCAGCGCCGGCGGGCGGAACUGCUGGAGCAGGCACUGAGCAAUGCCCAGACACGGGCAGCUAAGACCGAGGACGAGCUGAGGAGGAAGCGGGCGUACGUGGAGAAGGUGGAGAGGCUGCAGCAGGCCCUGGGCCAGCUCCAGGCCGCCUGCGAAAAGCGUGAGCAGCUGGAACUGCGUCUCCGCACCCGCCUGGAGCAGGAGCUGAAGAUGCUGCGGGCUCAGCAGAGACAGGUGGGAGCCCCAACCGGAGGAUCCCCGGAGCUGAGUGCCCACAUGCUGGCCGAACAGUUGAGAGAGAAGGAAGAAAAGAUCCUAGCCCUGGAGGCGGACAUGACCAAGUGGGAGCAGAAGUAUCUGGAGGAAUGCACCAUGAGGCAGUUUGCCAUGGACGCAGCCGCCACCGCUGCUGCGCAGCGGGACACGACUAUCAUCAACCACUCCCCGCGUCACUCCCCCAAUAACAGCUUUGACGAGGAUCUCCUCUUGGCCAAUCACAAGCACCAGGAGAUGGAGAACAGGUUAAAAGCACUUCAUGCCCAAAUAUUGGAGAAGGAUGCAGUCAUCAAAAUUCUGCAGCAGCGCUCGCGGAAGGAUCCCAGCAAGACUCUGCAGGGCUCCCUUCGGCCGGCCAAGUCUGUGCCGUCCAUCUUUGCUGCCUCGGGGGCCCAGAAUUGGCAGGGGACUGCCCACGGUGAACGGUUGGUCGAGGGCCCUUCCAGAGGGAGUCCAGCAGGCAAAGUCCCAGUGGAGGAAACGCCCAGCCCAUCUCCUUGCGGCCCUCUCGCCUUCCACUCCAAACGUGGCAGCAAAGAUGGGAGCACCCAGACAGAUGGCUUGCCUGAGAGCAGCCUCGGCAGUCCGGAUGAGGGGCCUGGCGCCCAGCUCGACAGCAGCCCGGCGCACUCUGUGGAGACCAUGUCUGCUGCCAGGACCAUCAGCUUGUCGGACAUGGUGGAAAUUCUGAUCUGA